ACAUAUCACUCACAAUCAAUAGUUUUAAUUUGAGCCAGUGGAACUGUUCUUUUGUAUAUCAGUGUGUGUAUAUAUAUACCGUUUAUAUAUAUAUUCGUAUUUUCUGUGAUAUUUCUUGACGUCGAAGAAAACAGUGAUAAACAUGACUUCGUUGGAAUCCCUGAAGAGAGGUGUGGAGGAGCUGGAGUCUCGCGUUACUACUCUGGAGGAAGCUGUCGACGAUGAAGCUCUCCUCAGUGUCAAAGCUCACCACAUUCUGAAGCAGAGCGAGAGACACGUUCAGGAGCUCACAUUCCAGGCGGCGGAGGACCGUAGCAACACAGCCAGGAUGAUGGACCGCGUGGCAGAGUUGCAGAGGCAGCUGGUCAGGUGUGCCGCCCAGCUGGAGGAGGCCAAGCACUCCGCCGCCGUCAACUUGGCCAAGUACCGAGAGGUGGAGCUGCAGAAGGAAAUGGCUGCCAAGGAGCGCGAAGGAAGGAGAACCUACUAGGUGGCGCCCCUGGCAUCGCGCUAGAAACUCAGCUGCUGGCGGAAAGUCGCGUUCGAUGGGAAAACGGAUUUUGGAUUGAGUUUGGCAGAUUUGGAAUGAAUUUAACCCUUGGCAGAGAUAACCAUAACCGUAGAUUUGUUUGCUCUGUGGCUUAGAUGCGACUCAAAAUUAUGGACAGUUUGUGUUGAGUGUUGUGUGCCCUUUUAAAGCUUUCGUCAGUCCCAUGAGCUUAAAAGAUGUCACAGACGCAAUGUUGUCUGAUAAGGCCAUGGUGUACGAAUGGUGGAACAGUCAAAAGAAGUCUUAAUGCCAUAACCAUUAAUUGCACUGAACCAGUAUAGUAUAGCAUCGCGAAACCAAAGCUGGCGCUAACACACCAUGCUAUAUAUACUGGUCCUUUGAUUACAUAUAAAUCUCUAGGUGGCAAACUUUCGAACGAACAAUGCGAAACAGAAGACGAUAACCGAAGCCUCUUUCCCAAUGCUAAAUAUACCAGAAGCAAAUACUUCGUAGUAGAAAUACAAAUACAUCUAGUUGGGGAGCUUUACACACUACUGGCAGUGUGAUUGACAAUGAAGGAUAAUGUGAUUUAGUUACGAUUGUUUCGUUGCAGGGAAAAAAAAUAUAUUGAUUUAGAUUUUUAGAAGUUCAUCCUUUUCCCUUUUCUCUCUUAAUUAUUUUUUUUCCUUAAUUCAGUUUUGUGAUGCUUCCCAUUUCCUCAAUGUUGUUGUGAAUUAUGCAGUAGUUUGGAAUAAAUGAUAGAUACUUAU